AUGUACACGGAACUAAAGGAACUGAUCAAUUUUCUGGCCAUUUAUAUGCAUCAUCGAAUUCCGCGACGUCGGAUUUGUUUAUUCAUGGAAAGUUACGGCAAUCAUCUUGCGGGGAAAUUUUUUGGAAAAUGGAACCCAGAAGAGCCGAAAUAUGGAGAGAAAGAGAGAACAUUGAUGAUCAAAACGGGGGAUUGUUUGGAUGGAAUUUUUACCGCAAUCGCAACAAGCAUUGGAAUUGUUGAAGAAGAUCUUUCAGCGUGUUUUCCAUGUUUGUUCGGCUUCUUUCAUGCAUAUCAUUUCUUUUAA